CAGCCAAAUGAGCAUAGUGUGUAGAGCAGAGGUACGACAGUCAUCAUGUUGGGCUCCUUAAUUCUUGUAGGGAUUUGCGUAUACCUCUUCUUCCUCUUAAUCAGGAUCCAGAGGCUCAAGAACUUCCCACCUGGGCCACGACCCAUGCCCAUAUUUGGGAACCUUCUUCAUCUAAACAUCAGAAAUCCUCUGAAAGACUUUGAAAUGUUGGCUGAACGUUAUGGGAACGUUUAUAGCCUCUAUCUCGGAAGAAACCCAGUUGUUGUUCUUAAUGGUUUGAAAGCUAUAAAAGAAGCUCUGGUGACCAAAUCUGCAGACUUUUCAGGACGCCCACAAAACCUGCUUAUCAGCCAUAUAGCUGAAGGAAAAGGAGUCAUAAUGGCUGAUUAUGGUCCUGCAUGGAAGGAGCAUCGGCGCUUUGCACUCAUGACCUUGAGGAACUUUGGCUUGGGGAAACAGUCUAUGGAGAACAGGAUUCUGGGAGAAAUCGAACACCUUGGUGCAAAAUUGGAAAAGCAUUCUGGAAGCACCUUGAAUCCUCAGACUUUAUUCCACGAUGCAGCAUCAAAUAUCAUCUACCUGGUUUUGUUUGGUACUCGCUAUGAAUAUGACGACAAAACCCUGAAACAAUAUGUCACGCUGUUUACUGAAAUUAGUAAGAUUAUUAAUGGACCUUGGUCUAUGAUCUAUGAUACUCUUCCACUGGUGAGAUCCCUGCCUCUUCCCUUUAAGAAGGCUUUUAAAAACACCUACACACUUAAAAAAUCAACAAUGACCAUGAUCAACAAGCACAGGACAACAAGAGUCCCAGGAAAGCCAAGAGACUUUGUCGACUGCUAUCUGGAUGAGCUGGAUACGAAAGACAGUGGAUCCUCCUUUGAUGAAGGACAACUAACAAUGUAUAUUCUAAUCUUGCAUGUAGCUGGGACUGAUACCACCUCCAACACCCUCCUUACGGCUUUCCUCUACCUCAUGGCUUAUCCAGACAUUCAGGAGAGAUGCCAGCAGGAGAUUGAUGAGGUUCUACAGGGAAAAGCUCAUGCGUCUUUUGAGGACAGACACAACAUGCCUUACACACAGGCUGUGAUUCAUGAGUCUCAGCGCAUCGCCAACACUGUCCCUCUGAGUGUGUUCCACUGUACCUCAAGAGAUACUGAACUGAUGGGCUACAGCAUCCCACAGGGAACUGUAAUCAUCCCUAACCUCUCCUCAGUGCUGAGUGAGGAAGGCCAGUGGAAGUUUCCUCAUGAGUUCAACCCAUCAAACUUCCUCAAUGAGCAAGGACAGUUUGAGAAGCCUGAGGCAUUUAUGCCCUUUUCUGCUGGGCCUCGUGUGUGUCUGGGUGAAGGUCUGGCUCGCAUGGAGCUGUUCCUCAUCUUGGUCACCCUGCUGCGCCGCUUUCGGUUCAUUUGGCCUGUAGAUGCAGGAGAACCAGAUUUCACUCCUGUAUUUGGAGCCACACUUACACCCAAACCAUACAGGAUGGGAAUCAGGCUGAGACAGCCAGCUAGAGAAAUGUAGAACUAGUCAGGAAAUAUACUGUAUACUGACAAAUUCUUUAUGGUAAAUGAAACAGUAUUAUAUCACAAUAAAUGAACGAAUGACCAACAAUAGGAUAACAAGAAGACAAAAUGAAUGUUAAGGAUGUUAAUAUUGAGAAGGUUAAUUUGAAUAUUGGUAGGAUCUAAUUAAAGCUUGUUUUUCUCAUCUGUA